GGUCUGUAGUGUCUGUGUCGUAAAUGCCGUGGGGAGGAAUAGGAAUAGGAGGAGGAAGAGGUUUAGGGACGAAGGAUUAGGAGUAAGAGUAGAAGCCUCUCCUUCCUCGCAGGCGUUUCGUUGCGGUGCGGUGCAGCUGCAGAAACCAACGGCACUCCAUGAUGACCGACACCAGCUCAAUCGCUUCCUUUUAUCUUUUCCUUUUCCUUUCCUUCCUGACUUGGUUUUCAAAGGUACAAUCAAUGAUCUUACAUCCCGAAAUUCGAGUGAAAAAAUGAGAUCAUACGUCGAAGGAAGGAGGAAACCGCAAGGGACUUGAAGGAUGGACGUUAGGCAGGUGCUGCAUGUAAUGUGAGGUCGAGCGCAAUUGUACCGCCGGUCCGGUCGACUUCCUGCCUGCCUGCGUUCAGCGCUGGCUGGCUGGAUGGCUGCUUGCCUGCCCUCCCCUCGUGUGUUCUCUCAGCCAAACCCCGCCACAUUGCUAAGUCCACCAUUUGAUUUGUUCACUCCUCUUCCUUCCUCGUAUGUUGCACUGAAUCUCUCUGUGUGUCUCUCUUUCUCUUUUAUCAUCUUCUCUUCCUCUCGCUCUCUCUCUUCCUGGUGGUCUUUGUCAGUCCGUUUGGCUGUGAGUACGAUGUAGUCGGUUCCCAUUUUUCGGGCUGCCGCUGUAGAACUGAGCAUCAAAACCAUGCACCCCCCCCCCUCCCUCCCUCCCUCCCUCCCUUGGUUGCUGUCAAGCUGUUGCAGGUGGAAGGUUAGCUCAUGAUUGUCAUCAUGAAUGGGCUGGCCCUACCGCUCUUUCUUCUGUCUUCCUUUUUGUCCAUACUCCAGAGUGCCCACCAUCUCUCUCACUCCCACAUUAAUUCAGUGCCUAGCUAGCUGCACGUACAGGACCUUCAUGUCCCCGAUUCCACUUCUUAGUCGGCUCUAUACCUGCAUGCAGCCUGCGUAGGCAGUAUUAAGGAAGUUGCUGAAUAAUCCCUCUACUGGCCUUCAACUGCUUCUUAAGACAGUGUUCAAUGUUGACGUUGUAUGUUUCUGUGGGUAGAUUGGCGAGGUAGUAGACCUAGUGUUACCACUUCUCACUCAUUCUUGGUGUUAGCUCGGCAGCUGGCGAAUGAGGCUGACCAUGAUUCCUAUUUUCUGGUUUGGUUCCACACGAGAACUCAAUCCAAAUUUCCAAGCGCUGUAAACAAUCUUCUCGAGUGAAGAGUAGCGGAAACAGAUUUCAUGGAGUAGACUGCUAUUUGAUAGGGAAGGGGUGUAGAAAACAAGUAACCGACGAGGCGGAUCAAUCAACCGGCGCAAGGAGACCUCUCUUCUCUUUCGCGGCCUGAAUAUUGCAAAUCAUGCGUUGUUUUGCAGUCGGUUGGCACAGCUUUGGAGUACUGUGGGUAGAGAUUCAUUUCUGCAAUUUCGUUUUCAAGUGCGCGGAAUGCAGUUUCAUUGUUAACAGACAUCAUUAACAUUUAGAGUUGGCCAGGAAGUGCCAGUCAAUGGAAGAGGGACGAAAUGCCUUGCAUGCUCGCUACAGGGCUCCUACUCCCUGUCAUGGCGAUUAAGACUGCACACAUGCAUCAGGAGAUCCAUGACAAAAGUAGUGCGGUGCUGGUUGGUUCGCUGUAAAUGAUGAGAGUAGACCUGAAGGUCGGCUUCAACCCUGUGAGAGACAACCACGCAAAGUCUGAGACAAUGUCAGGAGGUUAUUGGUUCGCGCGGAUGUGGUUGUUUAGUUUCUUGCUCAUUAUCUCUUCAUCGUUCUUGAUCUUAAAGUGCUCAGCCACGACAAUUGCCGAUGAAGUUGCCGCAUUGAUCGAGCUUAAGAAUGGGUUUGAGAACGGCGAGAUUGAGCUGUUUGACUGGCGCGAGGGAAGCCAGAGCCCAUGCUUCUGGCGUGGCGUUACGUGCGAUAAUACUACCUUUCUGGUUACCAACUUAAAUAUCUCAAUGCUUGCGCUCACUGGGGAAAUAUCUCCAUCAAUUGGAAAUCUACACAGUCUACAAUAUUUGGAUAUGAGCGAGAAUAAUAUUUCUGGGCAGCUUCCUACAGAAAUCAGCAAUUGUAUGAGUUUGGUUCACUUGGAUUUACAAUAUAACAACUUGACUGGAGAAAUUCCGUAUCUGAUGUUGCAGCUUCAACAGUUAGAGUAUUUAGCUUUGGGAUACAACCAUCUAAUCGGCCCAAUUCCAUCAACUUUUUCAAGUCUUACAAAUCUUAGGCAUCUAGAUCUGCAGAUGAAUGAACUUUCCGGACCUAUUCCGGCCUUAAUUUUUUGGAGCGAGUCCCUCCAGUACCUCAUGCUUAAGGGGAACUAUCUAACAGGGAGUUUGUCCGCCGACAUGUGUCAACUUACCCAGCUUGCCUACUUCAACGUGCGCAACAACAACCUUACAGGACCAAUACCAGACGGAAUCGGAAACUGCACAUCUUUUCAGAUCUUGGACUUGAGUUAUAAUGGCUUAUCUGGAGUAAUACCAUACAACAUUGGCUACCUCCAAGUGAGCACUUUGUCUUUGGAAGGUAACAGGUUCAGCGGCCGAAUUCCAGAAGUACUUGGGCUAAUGCAAGCACUAGUUAUACUAGAUUUGAGCUCGAACCGUCUUGAGGGCCCAAUUCCACCCAUCCUUGGAAAUCUGACUUCAGUAACCAAAUUGUACCUCUACAAUAAUCGCUUGACGGGUUCGAUACCUCCAGAGCUUGGGAAUAUGACCCGGUUAAAUUAUUUAGAACUGAACAACAAUGAAUUGACCGGCAGAAUACCUUCCGAGCUUGGCUGCCUGACUGAUUUAUUUGAGUUAAAGUUGUCUGAGAAUGAACUAACAGGUCCUUUACCUGGAAACAUAAGCUCCCUUGCAGCCUUGAACCUAUUGGAUUUGCAUGGAAACAAGCUGAACGGCACCAUCUUACCUGAACUUGAGAAACUAACCAACCUGACAAACUUGAACCUCUCGUCGAACUUUUUCUCGGGGAAUAUUCCGAACGAGGUUGGACUUAUUUUCAACCUUGAUAAAUUAGAUCUAUCGAAGAACAAUCUGACUGGCCCUAUACCACGCUCCAUUGGUAGGCUUGAGCAUCUGCUUUACUUGGACCUGCAUGACAACAAAUUGAGCGGCCCAAUCGGUGUACAAGUGGGCACUGGUAACUCCACCGCACACAGUUACCUAGAGUGUUCCCACCUGAAUUACCUCGAUCUUUCACACAACGCUCUAUAUGGACCAAUACCUAUUGAGCUCGGCCAACUUGAGGAGGUGAAUUUCAUAGAUUUUUCAUUCAACAACCUCUCAGGUCCAAUUCCAAGGCAGCUGAACAAUUGCUUCAACUUGAAGAACUUGAAUCUAUCAUAUAACAAUUUGUCGGGGGAAGUUCCUGUUUCAGAGGUCUUCGCGAGAUUUCCUCUUAGCAGCUACUUUGGCAACCCACGGCUGUGUCUCGCAAUCAAUAAUUUAUGUGGGUCGACGCUGCCUACGGGUGUAUCUCGAACGAAUGGUCCAUUGGGAGCAACAGCUGCCUGGGGGAUUUCGAUCUCUGCUAUUUGUCUCCUUGCUCUUUUGCUUUUUGGGGCUAUGCGUAUCAUGCGACCUCGUGAUCUCCUGAAAAUGUCCAAAGCACCACAAGGGCCACCAAAAUUAGUGACAUUUCACAUGGGAAUGGCGCCACAGUCUUUCGAGGAGAUGAUGUGUCUAACUGAAAAUCUAAGCGAGAAGUACGUGGCAGGGAGGGGGGGCUCUAGUACUGUGUACAAAUGCACCCUUAAGAACGGUCAUUCAAUUGCAAUCAAGAAGCUAUUCAAUUACUAUCCUCAAAACGUUCGCGAGUUCGAGACAGAGUUGAAGACACUAGGCAAUAUAAAACACCGGAAUGUUGUUAGCCUGCGUGGUUACUCUAUGUCGUCAGCUGGCAACUUUCUCUUUUACGAUUUUAUGGAAUAUGGUAGCUUAUAUGACCAUCUUCAUGGACAUGCAAAGAGGUCGAAAAAGAUGGAUUGGAAUACGCGUCUGAAGAUAGCAUUAGGAUCAGCUCAAGGACUGGCAUACCUGCACCAAGACUGUACACCUCAAGUUAUCCACCGAGAUGUGAAAUCGUGCAACAUACUUCUAAAUGCAAAUAUGGAUGCGCACCUUUGCGACUUUGGCCUUGCGAAAAACAUUCAACCUACCAGGACUCAUACCUCUACGUUUGUGCUGGGGACAAUAGGAUACAUCGAUCCAGAGUACGCUCAAACUUCUCGCCUAAAUGAGAAGUCUGACGUCUACAGCUUCGGUAUUGUGCUGCUGGAGCUUCUCAUGGGAAAAAAGGCUGUUGAUGAUGAAGUGAAUUUACUCGAUUGGGUAAGGUCCAAAAUUGAACAGAAGAACUUGCUGGAAUUCGUGGACCCAUAUGUGCGAUCAACUUGCCCAAGCAUGGAUCACCUUGAGAAAGCGCUGAAGCUAGCGUUGUUGUGUGCGAAGCAAACACCUUCACAACGACCUACCAUGUACGAUGUGGCUCAAGUGCUGAGCUCGCUGCUACCAGUGGUGUCACCUCGCAAACCUCCCAGUUAUCCUUCUCCAGGUUCCAAGCACCGGCGUUACGUCGACACAUAUAGCGCCAAGCCAGCCGAGGGCAUGAUUGCCAGUAGCAGUACUUCUGGAGGUGACUUGUUAGACCAGUUCGAAAAUGUGAUAAAUUCACGAAACAUGUGAGAAUUAAGAGUCCUGUUCAACUUAAGACUCCACUCCACUUCCCAUUCUAUCCACCCGUAUAUCCUUUUGCAGUCGAAGAGAGAAAUUGAACUGGGAGGACGGGCGUUGUUUGUGGGAGGGGAAGAGGCUGUAUUGAGUGUAAAUAUUUAGUGUAACUUGCAUUCUUUCUACUGCCGAGAGAACUCAUACAAGUUGGAUGGCGACUGCGGGCCACCCAGGGAUCCCAUUCGAAUCACUUUUCUCACUUUGGAGACUGAUUAAAAAAAUGUAGAUCUCACAUUUUGCACCAGUCACGGAGUGAGAUUGUAACUGUUUCUUACAGCAAUCAGCAAAAUUGGAUUCUGUUGCAUGCAGAGGUGUGCCAGAUACCAUUGGGCCUUACCAUUGGGCUGAUGUGAAACAUUUAAUACUUUCAUGAAGUCAUUAUUGGCCUUUGCAUUCA